AUGAACUGGUUGCUUGAUGUCAGCUGCAGUCUUUUGUCAGUUACGGUGGCAGGGAACAACCUGCUGAAAAUAAUCGACGUGAAAACUCCCUUCGGAAUAAAUAUGCCAACAUACUGCGGAAUGCAACCUGAAGCGUUUGAAAGGUUAGGCUCUUCGACCAAAGAGCAUUAUGUCCGCUUAGCUGAGGACGUCACAACAAUUGAGCCCAUGGAUCAAAUCAACGGUGUGCUUUUGACCCCCCAAAGCAACAGCUUUUCUCCGUUAAAGCUAGAGGCGCAAUGA